AUGCCCUUCACCUCGCCAUCAUGGGUGCCAGCUCUGCCCGAAAUCCCCGAUUCCAUCUCACUCGAACGCUUCAUGUUCGACGAGCACUAUGGCCGUCAUCCUCUAGGCUACUCCCGCCCACCCUUCAGCUGCGCAUUGACAGGCCGCCAAUUCAGCGCCCUGGAAAUGAAAGAGCGAGUCGAUCACCUCUCAAGAGCACUGUGCAAAGAAUUCGGAUUCAAGCCCAACGAAGGCUCAGAAUGGGAUAAGGUGGUCGGUGUCUUCUCCUUGAACACAAUCGACUACAUGACUCUUGCUUGGGCGGUGCACCGAAUAGGCGGGAUUUUGACCUGCGUCAAUGCCGCGUAUAAUGCCUCUGAGCUGGAGUAUCAGAUGAAUGAUUCGGGAGCCAAGGCGAUUUUCACUUGUCUGCCGUUAUUGCAGACUUGCAAGGAUGGAGUCAAGAAGUCCAAGUUGCCGAAUGAUAGGAUUUAUCUGUUGCCUUUGCCGGAGCAGGUCACGCCGGGGUUGCAGAAUCAGGGACAUCAGACGAUUGAGCAUUUGGUCAAGUUGGGCGAGACAUUGGAUAAAGUCCCGGCUUCGGAUGAGAGAUGGAGUAAAGGCGAGGGGAAGAGACGGUGUGCGUUUUUGUGCUAUUCGAGUGGUACUUCCGGCCUUCCCAAGGGUGUCAUGAUCUCACAUUACAAUGUCAUGGCCAACACAGUCCAGCUCGUCACGCACGAGACGCCAAUCCGGGAGGAACUCCAGAGGGAAACAGAGAACAUCAACUACACCGAGUUCAGCCUCGGCUUGCUCCCCAUGUCGCACAUCUACGGCUUGGUCGUCAUCUCGCACCUGGGCCCAUACCGCGGAGACGGCGUGGUCGUACUACCGAAGUACGACUUCAAAUGGCUCCUGCAAUGUAUUCAGGACUACAAGAUCUCCAUGCUGUACCUCGUGCCGCCUAUGAUCAUCCACAUUACGAAAGCUAGAGAUGUGUGCAAGCAGUACGAUCUGUCCAGCGUUCGUGCGGCGUUCACGGGAGCGGCGCCUCUUGGGCCGGAGACUGCGGAUGACCUGGCGCAGAUGUUUCCCAAGUGGUCGAUUCAGCAGGGAUAUGGUCUUACGGAAACCUCGACUGUUGUAUGUGCCACCUCGCCGAAGGAUGUCUGGUUGGGCAGUUCAGGAUCGAUUCUCCCUGGUAUCUAUUGCCGAAUCGUCACGGUUGAGGGGAAUGAGAUUACUGGAUACGACCAGCCAGGCGAGCUGUGGGUCAAGUCUCCAUCAGUGGUGCUGGGAUACCUGAACAACCAAAAGGCGACCAAGGAGACAUUCAUCGAUGAGAAAGAUGGAAGAUACAUGCGCACUGGAGACGAGGCUGUCAUCAGGAAGAGCAAGAACGGACACGAGCACAUCUUCAUCACCGACAGGAUCAAGGAAUUGAUCAAGGUCAAAGGCCACCAAGUCGCCCCCGCCGAACUCGAAGCCCACCUCCUCACGCACCCCUCCGUAAACGACGUCGUCGUCAUCGGCAUCCCCUCCGCGCGCGAAGGCGAAGUGCCCAAAGCCUUUGUGGUGAAAAACGCCGGCGUCAAAGAAUCCGACGACGAGCUCCGCCGAUCCAUCGAGAAGCACGUCGCGGACCACAAGACGGAUCACAAGAGGUUGAGGGGUGGGGUGCAGUUUAUCGAGGCGGUGCCCAAGAGUCCGAGUGGGAAGAUUUUGAGGAGGUUGAUGAGGGAUCAGGAGAAGGAGAGGUUGAGGAAGGAGGGGGCGAGGUUGUGA